AUGUGGUUCCUUGUCCGAUGCCCUUGCCGUGACCUCCCCGCCGUCACCGGCCACUGUGGCUCGGAGGGGCCGUGCAGCACCUGGCGCGCCGGCACCCCCGCUCCUUGGGCGCCAGCUUGCGGCGUGUGCGCUGCCCGGUCUCACGGGUUCCCCUCCCCCGCUCGCCGCCGAGUGCUCGCCUGCCGUCCCCCGCAGGGGGGGGGACGCGCAUGGCCGCCCACGCCUGCGCCGCCUCGCGGGCGCUGCAGGCCGCCGUGGCCUCGCGCUCCUUCCGCUGCCGCUACCACGAGGCCUUCGGCGCCUUCCCCCAGGACCGCGUCUUCGUGCCCGGCGUCGUGGACGCCAAAGGGCUGCUGGCCCCGCUGCCCGCAGACCCGAGGGCCCAGGCGCCCGUGCCCAGCCCCCACGUGCUCGUCGCCCCGUGCCCCGCGGGGCACCCGCUCGCCGGGCAGCUGCGCUGCACUGCGCGCCGUGCUUUGGCCCCUGGCUUCUCGCUGCCCUAUGCUGGCGAGCUGUACCGAGGUCGCUCGGACCACCACUACUACUCGUCCACCUACUCCUGCAGCGCCAGCGGCGGCAUGGUGGUGGACGGCCUCAGGUACUGCAACGAGGCGGCGUUCGUCAACCACUACUACGGCAUCGCCGACAGUCCAAACUGCAGGCUCGCCGAGUGCGAGCAAGCCAAGGCUGCCGUCUCGGUCGUGAGCCCCAUCGCGCCUGGCGAGGAGCUGCUGGUCGACUACGGCCUGGAGUACUGCACCAGGAACCAGGUCCCGCACCCCGACGUGCCGGCCUGGGCCCGCGACUUCGGCGCGCUGGCCCGCCUCACGGAGCUGUCCGGGCGCCUGGCGUCGCUGGAGGCGGAGCUCGCGGGAGCCCGGCGGCGGCAGCAGGCGGCCUGCUCUUCUCGCGAGGACCUGGGCCUAAGGUGGCCUCCCGAGGAGCGGCGCGCGGCGGGCGCGGAGGAGGCCGCGGUGCUGGGCCAGGUGCGGGAGCUGCUCGCCGCGGGCGCGGGCGGGGUGCAGACCGGCGCCCUGUCGAGCGAGGGCCGCGAGCAGGCGCGGGCGCUGCUGCGGGAGCUGCGGCAGAGGGGUGCGGCGUUGCUGUGCCCAGACGGGGGGGCCGAGCAAGAACAGCAACCAGCAUCAUCCUCAUCGUCGCCG